AUGCCUUCCGCCGAUUUGCCAGACCAACUUGACCAACUUGCGAAGAUGUUGCGGGAUUUAACGCUCAUGGAGUCCAUGCCCCGUCUUCAAUUGUCUAGUACUAGUGAACGAGAGGAUAUGAGAAUGGCUAUCGACUCUGGAAUUGACAUUCUUGCCAAUCUGAAAUCGUACCGGAAUGCGCUUGCUUUAAUUUCUUUUCUUCCCGACGAACUACUGUCCGAUAUAUUCUACACGGUCAUGAUUGCUGAAGGUCCCUGGUCCCAGGGGUGGUGUCGCCUUAUGUUUGUUUGUCGUCGAUGGCAUCGGGUUGUCAUGGAUCAUGGUAGAUUAUGGUCCUGGAUUUCGGAGGGAAAUCCAUUUGGAUAUGAAUUUCACCGCAUGAAGGUCUGGGAGAAACGUUCGAAAGGAUUUCCACUUUCUUUGAAAUUCAGCAACAAACAAUCCACUCCACUGUUUAUUCGAAAUUCUCAUCGCGUGCGGUUACUCAAUGUAGAAGGACCAAAAAGUGACUUUAUCCAUUUUUUCGGCGAUAUUAGGGAUUUGCCGAUGUUGGAAAGCCUGCAAUUAUCCCUUCGGCCCUUGGAUGAGCUGCCUGCCACUCCUAUAUAUCUCCCUUCAUUCCUUGUUCAGGGGGGAGUACCUCGUCUUCGUGUUCUUUGCUUAGAAGAUGUUUUUUUCGAGAGUGGGAAACAAUUGCAAGUUUUGGCCAACCUGACCCACCUUGAGCUCGCCAGGAGGAUCGGAAAUAUACAACCUGUUCUGCCUUCGCUCAGAGACAUCUAUAACACCAUCAAACUCUCGCCUGUAUUGCAAUCACUCAAAAUUCGUCACUACGUUCGAAUAUCUAGUGAUGUACAGCAUCUGCCCCCCAUUUCGCUUCCGGUGCUCAGGCUUCUCGAUUUGAACAUGGAUAUCCAAAUCAUUUCGUCUAUUCUACAAUUCCUUGUCUUCCCCCACACCACAAAGACGAGUUUCAUCGCACAUUCGCCGACCCAACAUGAUGAUCAUUCUUCCUACAUUCAGGGCGUUAAAUCCCUCAUGAUACACGUUAGACGCCAUUCACGACACAAAGAUGCGCUGGUCCUGCGUUCUGCAAAUAUAGAUUGCGGGAUUUUUCUCUCAUUCUCUUUCUCUCAAAAUGAUACAUGUCCUAAAUAUUUCUUGGGCAGUGAGAAACCAUUGAUUCACAUACUCCUUUAUCCCUCAUCGCAGCGCGAAAAUCGUCAGAUGAUCGUGAAAAUUAUCAACGCUCUUCCUUUAGAGAAGCUGGCCGUUUUCGAUGCAACGCAAGUCACUUGCAAUAAUAUUGAGCCAGAUAUAGAACCAUACAAACAACAGUUUUCUUGGGAGACAUGGAGGACACUUGUCAGGCUCCUACCUGUUGGAAUUACCAUCCGCAUUGGAGUCAAUAAUGCAAUGCUUGCUCUCCUUGGUGGCGCCAUUGACGCUAUGAAACGAGCCCCUGAUACAUUCCCCAGUGGUCGGCGACUUAAACGACUCCAUCGACAGCAAGGGGUUGGAAGUCUUCCACUAUCCAAUCUUGUUCUCCUGGCAUCCCACAACAUCCCAUUCCGACUUCAUGGUACCGUUGACACGCCAGACCAGGAAAGGCUCUAUAAUGGACUACUUGACCAUUUAGUCAAAUAUCGAGACCUGAACACGCAGCUCAAGCCAAAGGGUCAACCAUUAGAAGCACUGUCGUUUGAAGACUUGCGACUCCCCUUUGCUCGUCAAUUCGCUGAGCGACUCUGCGAAGUCACCGGUAAGCUGUCAUACGACGAUAUCCUCUGGGAUCCCGUCGAGAUGCGACAACAAGUCAGACGUUUGAGGAAGCAAUUGAGGCGCUUGAGAAGAAUUCAUCCUGAGCUGGACUUUCCCGAAGACAAUCUAAACCUGUCCCCGUUGUCUUCAGACAGCGAAUCCGAGUUGGAAUCCAAUUGA